AUGCCGGCUGAUGUGCAUCCAUUUGACCUUCUCGCGAUGCUUCAGGAUUACCUACCAGCUAUCCUGAACAGGCUGAUCGCAGAAGGCAGGCUGAAACCCUUCAAAGAGGAGGCGGUCUGUUUUCCCGAGGCUGACGAAGCAUCGUCUGAUUCCUGGCAGAAGGUCAUUCUAGGCGAGAUCAAGCAGGAGGAGGAAGAGGAGGAUGGAGCGUCCCUGGGCGAUGAGCAAGUGCCCGAGGAGGCCCCAGAGAAUUCUUCAGAAGCAGGAUCCCAAGGGGUGCUCUGCCGAAGAGCUGAUCGACAUGGAUCCCGUGUGCCUGAACUAGGGGAAGCCUCUGAAAGCCAGCCAGGAAGCUGCAUAGCAGAGGGAAGGGACAACCUUAUCUGCAGUUCACCGAGUUUCCAGCGGGCCAGAGGAGUUGGGGUCCAGCCGAGGAUCCAAGACGAACGGCUGAAAAAGUGCCUGGAAUGCGGGAAGGGCUUUGUGUGGCGGUCCGAACUGAUUGAACACCAGCGGUCCCACACGGGUGAGCGGCCCUACUCCUGUUCAUUCUGUGGGAAGAGCUUCAGCCGCAAAUCCUACAUUAUAAAGCACGAACGGAUCCACACGGGAGAGAAGCCCUACAUUUGCUCCCACUGUGGCAAGGGCUUCAUUUCUAAGUCAGACCUCAUUAAGCAUGAGCGGACCCACACGGGGGAGAAGCCGUACAUCUGUGCCGACUGCGGGCGCAGCUUCAGCAGGAAGCAGUUCCUGGUGACCCAUCGGAGGACGCACACCGGGGAGAAGCCGUACAAGUGCUCCGAGUGCGGCAAGAGCUUCAGCCAGCGGACGUGUCUGGUCAUCCACGAGAGAGCCCACACCGGAGAGAAACCGUUUCAGUGCCUGGUGUGCGGGAAGAGUUUUGGGAGAAGGGAUAUUCUCAUGACGCACCAGAAGCUCCAUGCCCGAGAAAAGGCUUUCCAGUGUGCUGAGUGGCUGUGAACCAGCCACGUCGCCAAGCACAGGACACUUGGGGGUCCCGGCUGCAAUAGGCUUGGGAAGGGAUUGAAAAUGGAGAGUGGAGGGUGUGUGUGUAAAUGCAGGAGGGAGACGCUUGGACUGUGAUUCAAGAGAGAAGAGCUAUAUAAAAUCUCUAGUUGGUGGGGAUAUAGCUCAGGUAGGAUUUUCCCAUUUUGUAGCGUUAGGUAUCUACAGUCCCCCAGAAAAAUUAAUCUGUGACUUAGGUUAAAAAAAGGAAAUAGUGUAUCUCACAGCUCAGCAGAGAUGAUUGAAAUAUACAAACAGGUGGGACAUUAUUCACUCACCUAUUUGGUAGAUCAAGUCAGUUCCAGUGCUGGUGACCCCGUUUCUGCCUCUCCCUGCCCCAGCCCUCCAAGGC